UGCCAAGUCUCGAAAGAAGUUGUUUUCGAGCAGAUCUGAUUCACCAGAAUACUCGAAGCAAGGAAAGAAAGGAGAGGAGAGUUUUCCUAUGACAAGAAAGCGUGUGGAAGAAGAAGAGGAGUAUGGUGCAUUUGGUGCAGGAUUUAGUGCCAGAGGAGGAAGUGAUUAUAGCUGCGCAUCAUCUGUCACAGAUGAUGACGGUUUUGGAUCAAAAGCUCCUGGGGUAGUGGCCAGGCUCAUGGGAUUGGAUUCCUUACCAAUGUCAAUAGGAAUGGAGUCAUAUCCUUCCCCCUUCUUUGACUCUAUCUCUCUAGGAGAGGCUCCAUUUAGAGGAAGAAAUCUCGACUUUUAUCAUGAUCAUCAAGUUAUGCAUUCAAGCCACCUAUUUGACAAAAUGGAGCCUACAACUAGGAAUAAUGACUUUGAAACUAGAUCUAUGAAGUUGCCUAACAGACCAAUUGAGAAGUUUCAAACUGAUACUUUGCCUCCAAAGUCAGCCAAAACAAUCCCAAUCACUCAUCAUAAGCUUUUAUCGCCAAUCAAGAGCCCUAUUUUUUCAACUCCCCGAGCUAAGAUAUCUUCAGCUGGAUCAUCCUCGGUUCCUUUGAAAGUUAGAGAAAUAAGGGAGAAACUGGAAGCAGCGCAGAAACCGUCCAGGGCUCCUGUAUUAACGCAAAGGCAAGUUGAAUCCAAUGCUGCCAAGUAUCUAAAAGGACAGCCUAUGAAUAGGAGUUGGAAUGGUCUAAAUGAGACGUCAUCAUUUAGGGCAUCCCCGAGUAGAGAGGAUAGUUCUGCUGCUGUAAAGAAAAAGGGAAAGUCAAUUUCGCUUGCCAUACAAGCAAAGGUUAAUGUACAGAAAAGGGAAGGCUUGACUUCAAACAGUAGGAGUUUGGGAGAUUCAGAAGAACAGGAUGAUAGCAAGUCAAGUCAGUCAUCAAGGAACCAAGCAAGUGGUCCAAAGUUCUCAAAUAGGAAAUCUUUGAACCAAAGUGCUUCUUCUCCAUAUUCUGAGGAUACUUCUCAUAGCCGACAAAAAAGUUUAGCUCGAGAAGCUGGGACCUCAAGAACAAGUUCGAGGAAAUCUAGCUUGCAUGCAAGGGACGUUGUUGAUAAGGGAGUUCCUUAUGCUGGAGUGAGAAAUGUUCCUAGAAAGAAAAGGUCAAUAGAUGGGAAUCUGCAAUACAAUAAGAAUCAAGUUCCUGAAAAACCAAGCCAAUCUACUGUAAUGGCUGAUAAGCAAUUUAAUUGGAUAGAAGAAAGCCGAAGGAAAGGAAUGGAUGUUGUUUCAUUUACAUUCACUGCUCCUAUCACCCGAUCACUGCUUGGUUCAGAGCCUUCUAGACAGUUGGUUGAAAAAGGCAGCAACAUUUGCUUUGAUGAUGGAAGCAAAAUGCUGACCAACUCAGAUCUGACAAGGUUAUCUUCUCCUGGAUUAAACGGGAUAAAGGGUGAUGCUUUGAGUAAAUUGCUAGAGCAGAAGCUAAAAGAACUAACAUCAAACUUUGAGAAUUCCCAUAGCACCAUUGUCAAAACUGGUACUGCUGCAGAAUCAGCAGUGGUACCUGGCAGUGCAGAGAGUGCCACAGGGAAGGCCCGAGAAAAAAUGUCUCAACAAGAGCCACUAGACACAGAUAGCCAUAUCUAUCCUGGAUUGUUUGACUAUGAAGCUGAACAGUUCACAAGGAAAUUCAGUUUUCAGGCAGGGGAAGCAAUGGAAAAAUACAGCCACGACAAAGUUGAAGCUAAAAAAUGGAAUGAUUGUCACUCACCUAGUCCUGUUUCCAUUCUGGAACCUUCUAUUUUGACAGAAAGUUGCUGUUCUUCAGAAAGCAUGGCAAGUAGCAUCACGGAAGAGAGCAAACAACAAUGUUCAUCAGUUCAGGCUCAGCAAGAAUUUGGUCCGGAUUCUUUACAAAAGUCACAAGCUAGUAGGGAAGCUGAUGCAGAGGUAUCAGAUUCAGCUUCAUCAACAUCUUCUCAAAUUACUUCAGAAAAGUACUCCAUGAAAUCAACAGCAUGGGAAUUAGGAUAUGUAAAAGACAUACUCUGCAAUGUGGAGUUGAUGUUUAAGGAUUAUGUAGCAGGUCGAACACGUGAGAUAGUAAAUCCACACCUGUUUGAUCAGAUGGAAAGACGACAAGGAGGUGGAAAGGAUGAGUUUUAA